UUUUUAACUGAUAUAUUCACAAAGCUCCGCAAUCGUCGUUUCGGCGUCGCUACUCGCGGGAAAGACUGGUCGCUUUUUUAUUUCAAGCCUUGAUAAAGUGAAAAUUUACCACUGACUUUUAGCGAUAAUGCAGAACGGACACGACCAGGGAAUUUCCUCGACCGUAAAACUGAAUGUCGGAGGUCAUUUCUUCACUACAAGUCGACAAACACUAACCAAAGAUCCAAACUCAAUGCUAGCCAUUAUGUUUUCGGGAAAAUUUGACAUGAAACCUAGUGAAGACGGUACUAUGUUCAUUGACCGAGAUGGAACUCACUUUCGAUUUAUACUCAAUUACCUUCGCAGUGGAAAAUUAACGUUACCUGAAGGAAGCACAGCUCUGAAGGAACUGAUGGAGGAGGCUGAGUUUUACCAGAUCCAGGGAAUACUUGACGAAUUAAAGUCCGUGACAGAUAAUUUAACGAUCGUGAAACUGAAUGUUGGCGGCCAUCACUUCACAACAAGUCUCCAAACGCUGAAGAAAGAUCCAAAGUCAAGAUUGUUCACCAUGUUUUCAGGUGAACAUGUAAACAACAGCACCUUCAUUAUUGACAGAGAUGGAACACACUUCCGUUACAUACUCAAUUAUCUUCGUGAUGGCGAUGCGAGGUUACCGGAGGAUGAAUCUGCACUGAAAGAGCUCGAAGCUGAAGCACAGUUCUACCAGGUUGAAGGGAUACUAAUGAAAUUGAGCGUUAUGUCGGAGAUAAUAACGAAUGAGGAACACACAGCCAAGCUGCUAAGUUUCCUACCCUUGCUUGACUCAAGGAGGAAGCGACAUCACCUUCGUCUACUGUUCCGAGCUUCUCGCGAUGGCUUCUUCGCCAAAACCUUUCACUCCAUGUGUGACAACAAAGGACCUACUGUUACCAUUGUGCGGAGUGGAGAAAAUAUAUUUGGAGGAUUUACAGAACAUUCUUGGAAUAGUAAGUGUGAACUGAUAUACUGAUAUACACCAGUGGAAUGAUACACUCGAAUAGCUUACGAGUAGAAACAAAAGUUCUGUUAAAAUUUCUAUUAUAAUGUACCGAAAUCUACGAAGUCUAACUUAAUGUUUCACUUUUUUAUCUUGUCAUUUUUAUCUUUUUUGAAAGUGAUGUGCACUUGUGGGGAGGGAUGGUUGGGCCAAUUGAGGGUAAUUGGGUAUGUGUUACUGGCUACUCAGAACCCUUACCCCAUAAUGGUUUAUUCUGUGGCCAGUUAUUGAACCCAUCUUAGUCACUUUUGAGCAAAUGUGUCAAUUCACAUUUUCUCCGACAUAAUGCUCAACACUUGUGAUGCCAACUUAGUGACUUUCUGUUCGUUCAUCUGAACUCUACAAGUCUUUUAAGUAGGUCAUUCUGAAAUGAAUUGACACAUUUAUUAAGCUGAGUGUAGAACUUUUUUUAAAAUAAUGGAAUGUAAUGCAAGUCAAUUGUUGAAUAUUAAAACAAAAACAUGAAAUACAGUAACUAUUUCACUGGGAAUCUUACUAUUUUGAAACCCCUAUUUAGCAGAAUUUUCUUACCCCAAAAAACAGGAAAAUGUAUGACCCCAUUCUAGUAACUCUAUUAAAAACCAACCCCAUUAUAGUCAAUACAGUGGUGAAAAUGCCACCCCAUUUAGCGGCAUUUUACAAGGAAGUGACCUCCCCCCCUUUGCAGGAAGUGUAUAGUAAGCAAGUUCCUUUUGUUAUUGGCAAUAUGUAUUAACCUUUAUGAAAAAUAUUUGAUUUUUUUUAAUGGAAGGUGUCUUCUCAUUAACAGGUGAUGGUGAUUAUGCAAGAUGUUCAAAAUCAUUCUUGUUCACUCUGGUCAACCCACAAGGCCUGGAACCAACUAAAAUGCCAAUUACUACUGAUGGCCAAAAGUAUGGCAUCUGCUGUUACAGUGAAUAUGGACCAACAUUUGGUAGAGGUCUUUAUGGCGGGUAUGCUUUGAAAAUUUCCGACCAUGCAAAUGUGCGCAGCAGUGACUUUGGUAUCAGUGACUCCUAUGAUUUUCAUCAAGAUUUCCGUACUUUCUUUACAGGGAAAACACAGUUUCUUGUGAGUGAUUAUGAAGUCUUUUCGCUCGUAAACUAGCAUGUAACAAAUGAUGGCUUGGGUGUUUCUUUUAACCUUUUGACCCUUGAGGGUGAUUAGCAUUGAAUUUCUCCUUACAAUUCACCCCCUGAAUCACACAUUAAGGUCAUGAGAUUAAAGGAAAUGAUCACCAACCAAAGAAGCUCUUGAUUUUGAUAGAAAUUCUCCUUGUCAGCACCUUAGGAAAUGUUUAGAGAACAGUAUGGAGAAUUUGUACACUGAUAUUAGGGUGUAAAGGUUUAAUGAGUUACUUUUCCUUUAUCUAGUGCUUUUGCAGGGGGUAAAUAACAGAAAAAGGAAGAGUUGAGUUAUAGGUCCAAAGAGGUGUAGAAAAUUAUAAGUAGAUAAAUAUUAUGCUAAGGUUUUUUUUCCUUCAUCAUGAUAAUAUUCAAGUAUUUGACUUUUCAACUUAUAGCAUACUGAUAUUCUACUUCAUGUAAUAACACUUGAAAGCCUGUUAUAGACUAGGGCUGGGUUGUUUGAAGCUGGUUAAGAUAACCCAGGGUUAGUGUGAAAUUAGAUUUCACAUCUGAAAGCUUAAAAGAAAAUUCAGUAUGAAUUUUUUUUGUCUGCUGUUUGAUGAUUUAAUGCUCUAAACAGAAUAGAGAAAAUUAUCCAAAAAAGGCUUUUGAACAAAGGAAUAAAGAUGCUGGGAUUAAAAUGUAACCUUGGAUUAGCACUAAUUGGCCUUCGAACAACUGGGCUCUGCAGUCCAUUUGAGACACCUUAUGUUGCCGCAAGGUCUUAGUUUUCUGAAUCCAUCAGCCCUUUAACUUGCAUGAGUGACCAACAAAGAAUUUCUUCUUACAGUAUCAAGAAAAAUAUUACAAGGGGAUUAUUAGUUGAUCCAAUACCAAAUUUUCUGAGCUAACAUGAUUAGAAUUGUAUGGCAGACAGUAAGGAGAAUUAGUAAAUGGGAUCUUGGGAGGGAAAGGGUGAAAGGAUACAUAAUGGGCAAAGAAGGAAAGGAGAUGGCUGAGAUCAUCCCUUAUCCAUGAUUAGAGUUUUGAUGUCACCAUUGUUUAAAAUUGAUUAUAGUCCACUAACUAUCAAAGAUCCUUAAGAUCCUUAAAGUUAUAGGUUCCAGUCUUUAUGAAAAUUAACAUGUCAACCCUUUGACUCCGAGAAGUGAUUAACAUGUAACUUUUCCUGAUGAUAUCCAUACAUUAUCCAGCGAACAGGUUAUGAGAAUAUACAAACGUAUUGGGAAAAAGUUGUUAUCUUGAUUUAACAUCAACUUCUGUUAUCAAAUUUACAAAUAAAUUAUGCGUAGCCGCUAGAGGGGAGAAUAAACAAUCAGAUCUUGGGAGUUAAAGUUAAAGAGGACAUCUAUUGCUUUUCGUACUCCUUGUGCCUAGACUGUGAGUUUCAGUUAGUGGUCUUUUGUGAUUCUCACAGUGUAUGUUCAAGGCAAUCAAAAUCACAGGUUAAGCAUUUCUGAGAGCACUAGUAACUUCAGGACACAGUUGUUGACUCUCCCUUGUUAUAUUCCUGUGACAAGUCUUAUAAUUUGUUUGGUCUUUAUUAAGUACUAACAGGAACACAUCAGUUUUUCCCCUUUCUUACUGGAAACAUCACCCAAUAUUAUGUGAUGGCUGCCUUUAUUACAGAAAAGGGAAAUUGGCAAAGAGAGAGUGUUGCAUCACACUUGUGAAUCAAGCCUGCAGCUCACUUAGUACAAGUAAUUUAACAUCAGCAGACUUAAUUGUGUAAACUUGGGCCAAUAGUUGGUUUUCCUUUUGCAAGUAAAAGUACUGUCUUGCCAGGCACUUAAGAGAUUGCUUAUGGAUUUAAGUUCAGUUGCUCAAUUGCUUAGAUUGCAUGUGCUUGAUAUGCCUGGUGUGCAAUCUUAGAAGAUAUUUGUCUAUCCCUUCCUUCCCUCCUAGUAUUUCAUUGUGUUGGUCUUUUGGAUCUGUUUCAGUUUUGUAACAGACAGCCUCUCGCUAUUUAAGGAUGCAUUUGAGUAGUUUUAUUUUUAGCUUAUUUCUUAAAUAUGAUAUUAUUUGCAAAAAUAAUAAGUUGAUUCAGUAACCUUGUAAUAAUAUAGGUAAGUAAGUAAGUUUGUAAGUAACAACUUUAUUUAGAUCUAGGGUUACACAUGAUAGUAUGACUGAUAAACUAAUGGCCCUCUGCGCUAAACAUCUAUUGAAUAAUGAUAAAAUAGUGUGAAGAUAGAAGGUAACUGAAUAAAAACUGAAAGUGAACUUGCCUUUGUUCCAAAAUUUGUUGUAGUAUGUGGUAAAGAUAUUGUGAACACCGUGACUUUUUAAAUGCAUCAGUAUUUGCAACAGUGUAAAUUUUUUAAAUGUUAAACCUGAGUAUUUUUGGGAAUAAAUUUGGUGUAGUGCACACUCAGUGCAGGC